CUGAUGGAUGCACCGACUGGUCUGUGGAUUACAAGAAAUAUCAAGUUCUAGUGGGAGAACCUGUUCGUAUAAAAUGCGCACUGUUUUAUGGAUAUAUUAGAGCUAAUUACUCCCUAGCCCAAAGUGCUGGACUCAGUUUGAUGUGGUACAAAAGCUCUGGACCUGGAGAUUUCGAGGAACCUAUAGCUUUUGAUGGAACUCGAAUGAGCAAAGAAGAAGACUCCAUUUGGUUUCGACCUACAGUAGUACAAGACAGCGGGCUUUAUGCAUGUGUUAUAAGAAACUCCACUUACUGUAUGAAAGUGUCCAUUUCGCUGACGGUGGGUGAAAAUGACACUGGACUCUGCUACAAUUCAAAGAUGAAGUACUUUGAAAAAGCUGAACUUAGCAAAAGCAAGGAAAUUUCAUGCCCUGAAAUAGAGGAUUUUUUAUUUCCAUUUAGAGAGCCUGAAAUCCUCUGGUAUAAGGAAUGCAAAUCAAGGACAUGGAGAUCAAGUAUUGUAUUUAAAAAGGACACUCUUGUCAUUCGGGAAGUUAAAGAGGAUGACAUUGGAAAUUAUACUUGUGAGUUAAAAUAUGGAAUCUUUGUUGUCCGAAGAACUACAGAAUUAACAGUUACAGCACCCCUAACAGAUAAACCACCAAAGCUUUUACAUCCUUUGGAGAGUAAGCUAACAGUUCAGGAGGCCCAGUUAGGUGGUUCUGCUAAUCUAACCUGCCGAGCUUUCUUUGGAUACAGUGGAGAUGUCAGUCCUUUAAUUUACUGGAUGAAAGGAGAGAAGUUUAUUGAAGAUUUGGAUGACAGUCGAGUCUGGGAAAGUGACAUCAGGGUUCUCAAGGAGCAUCUCGGGGAACAGGAGGUUUCCAUUUCAUUAAUUCUGGACUCUGUGGAGGAAGGUGAUCUGGGGAAUUACUCAUGCUAUGUUGAAAAUGGGAAUGGACGCCGACAUGCUAGUAUACUUUUACAUAAAAGGGAGCUGAUGUAUACAGUUGAGCUUGCUGGUGGGCUUGGUGCUAUUCUGCUGCUACUUGUUUGUUUAGUGACUAUCUACAAGUGUUACAAGAUAGAGAUUAUGCUCUUCUACAGGAAUCAUUUUGGAGCUGAAGAACUAGAUGGAGACAACAAAGAUUAUGAUGCAUAUCUAUCAUAUACCAAAGUGGAUCCUGACCAGUGGAAUCAAGAAACUGGAGAGGAAGAAAGAUUUGCUCUUGAGAUCCUACCAGAUAUGCUUGAAAAGCAUUACGGAUACAAGUUGUUCAUACCAGACAGAGACUUGAUUCCCACAGGAACCUAUAUUGAAGACGUGGCAAGAUGUGUAGACCAAAGCAAGCGACUGAUCAUUGUCAUGACUCCAAAUUACGUGGUCAGAAGAGGCUGGAGCAUCUUUGAACUGGAGACAAGGCUUCGUAACAUGUUGGUCACAGGCGAAAUCAAAGUGAUACUGAUUGAGUGCAGCGAGCUCCGGGGAAUUAUGAACUACCAGGAGGUCGAGGCCCUGAAACACACCAUCAAGCUUCUCACUGUCAUCAAAUGGCAUGGGCCAAAAUGCAACAAGUUGAAUUCUAAAUUCUGGAAACGUUUACAGUACGAAAUGCCUUUUAAGAGGAUAGAACCCAUCACACACGAGCAGGUCUUAGAUGUCAGUGAGCAGGGGCCCUUUGGGGAACUGCAGACAGUCUCCGCAAUUUCCAUGGCUGCUGCCACCUCCACUGCUCUUGCCACUGCCCACCCAGACCUGCGCUCCACCUUUCAUAACACAUAUCACUCGCAGAUGCGCCAGAAACACUAUUAUCGAAGCUACGAGUACGAUGUACCUCCUACCGGCACCCUGCCUCUUACCUCAAUAGGUAACCAGCAUACCUACUGCAACAUCCCCAUGACACUUAUAAACGGGCAGCGGCCACAGACAAAAACUAACAGGGAGCAGAACCCGGACGAGGCCCACACAAAUAGUGCGAUCCUGCCCCUCUUGCCGCGUGAGACCAGCAUAUCCAGCGUCAUCUGGUGACAGAAAGGCAAGGGGACGCCAAGUCCCUUGAGUAGGAGCAGAGUCUGCAGUCUGGUGCCUGGAACUACAUCCUCGACUGCUGCUGUUAAACAUGCAUUACAAUCGAAUAACACACGAGGAAAAACAGGGUCUUGUACAUAUGUUUUUUGCAAUUUCUUUGUAGCAUCAGUCUUCCUGUUUUACCCAUGUCUCUUCCCAUUCACAUUUUCAGCUUUGUUUUAUAUGUCAUUGGAAUUUGUAUAUUUACAUUUUUUUAAAUGAAGAGACUGCUGUAUAGAUAGGAAACCUUUUGGCUCCACUAGUAUAGUUUUAGACUUUUGUUUCGUUACGUUUUUAACCUCUCUUGGGAAUGCUUGGACAAAGCGAUGUCGAUGCCAGAAGC